AAUUGGUUCCGAGGUUGCCUUUGGCGUCAAUCUCCAAUUUGACGCCUUUCGCUCGCACCAUGUCCCUUGUCCCGAACGCCAAGCUCUCGGCCACGGCCAAGCAGACGGGCCAAGCGCUCAUCAACUUUAUCGACAAGGCGCCGUCGGCCUUCCACGCUGUGUACGAGACGGUCCAGUCGCUCAAGGCCCAUGGCUUCUCGCAGCUCCGCGAAGACGAGAACUGGGACGACGCGAUCCAGCCCAACGGCAAGUACUACGUCACGCGCAACCAGUCGGCCGUCGUCGCGUUCGCGGUGGGCGGCAACUACGCCAAGGGCAACGGCUUCCACAUUGUCGGUGCGCACAGCGACAGCCCGUGCUUGAAGAUCAAGCCCGUGUCCAAGGUCGAGUCGCAGGGCAGCCUCCAGGUCGGCGUCGAGACGUACGGCGGCGGCCUCUGGAACACGUGGUUUGACCGCGAUCUUGGUGUCGCCGGCCGCGUCUUUGUCAAGGACGCCGAAACCUCGCAGAUUGCCGGUCGCCUCGUCCUCAUCAACCGCCCGAUCAUGCGCAUCCCGAUGCUCGCGAUCCAUCUCCAGGACGCCGAGGCGCGCAAGGCGUUCUCGUUCAACAACGAGAACCACCUCCGCCCGGUUCUCGCCACGUCGGUCAUGGCCGAGCUCACGCGCCCCAAGACGGACGCCGACAUUGGCGCCAAGCACCACCCGAUCCUCCUCGACUUGCUCGCCAAGGAGCUCGAUGUGAACGUCGACCAGAUCUUUGACUUCGAGCUCUCGCUCUUCGACACGCAGGGCGGUGCGAUCGGCGGCCUCCUCGAAGAAUAUGUGUUUGCGCCGCGCCUCGACAACCUCUGCUGCACGUGGCUCGCGACCCAGUCGCUGCUCAAGUCGCUUCCGACGCUCGAGACCGAGUCCAACGUCCGCGUCGCCGCGUCGUUUGACAAUGAAGAAGUGGGGUCCAACUCGCUCAUGGGCGCCGGCUCCAACUUUCUCCAGAGCAUCAUCACGCGCGUCUCGGGCGGCUCGCUCACGGGCGAAGUCGCUCGCAAGUCGAUGCUUAUUUCGGCCGAUAUGGCCCACGGCGUGCACCCCAACUACUCGGAGAAGCACGAAGUCAACUCGCGCAUCCAGAUGCACUCGGGCCCGGUCAUCAAGUACAACGCCAACGAGCGCUACGCGACGUCGGGUGAGACCGCGCUGCUCAUCAAGGAGCUCGGUCGCCGCCACGGCCUGGACAUUCAGGACUUUGUCUCGCGCCAGGACUGCGGCUGCGGCUCGACGAUCGGUCCGAUCCUCGCGACGUCGACGGGCAUUCGCACGGUGGACAUGGGCCUCGCCCAGUUUAGCAUGCACAGCAUCCGCGAACAGUGCGGCACGGUCGACUUGGAGCUCGCGAUCGAGUUGUUCUCGGCCUUUUACAACGACUUUGUCGAGAUUGACGGCUCGAUCGCGACCGACUCGCUCCUCGCGUAAG